GUCGGAGGAAAGGCCACUUCCACUUUCCCGUAGGCCUCUGAUUAGAAGCAUGCAUGGCUGGAUGCUCCUGGUCUGGGUCCAGGGGCUGACAGAAGCUGCCUUCCUUGCUGCAGGAGCCACAACGGGCACAAUAGAGACAAAGGGGAACAUCUCUGCAGAGGAAGGUGGCUCUGUCGUCUUACAAUGUCACUUCUCCUCCGACACAGCUGAAGUGACCCAAGUCAACUGGGAGCAGCGGGACCAGCUUCUGGCCAUUUACAGUGUUGACCUGGGGUGGUAUGUCCCCUCGGUCUUCAGUGAGCGAGUGGUCCCAGGCCCCAGCCUAGGCAUCACCUUCCAGUCACUGACCACGAAUGACACAGGAGAAUACCUCUGCACCUAUCAUACCUAUCCCGAUGGGAUUUACAAGGGGAGAAUAUUCCUGAAGGUCCAGGAAGGCUCAGCUCAUUUCCAGAUUGCCUUGCUUGGAGGGACCAUGGCGGCUGUGUUGGGACUCAUUUGCUUAAUGGCCACAGGGGUGACUGUACUGGCUAGAAAGAAGUCUAUUAGAAUGCAUUCUGUAGAGAGCGGCCUUGGGAGAACGGAAGCUGAGCCACAGGAAUGGAACCUCAGGAUUCUCUCAUCCCCUAGGGGCCCUGUCCAGACACAAGCUGCCCCUGCUGGCCUCUGUGGAGAGCAGGCAGAAGAUGACUAUACUGAUCCACAGGACUACUUUAAUGUCUUGAGCUACAGAAGCCUAGAGAGCUUCAUUGCUUUGUCAAAAACUGGCCAAUGACAGCUCCCUC